CUUUAAGUCGAACUGACCCUGAAUAAAAAACCUAAGCAAUAAGUUUGACUUUGAGACACUCAGUGGAGCAUGGGCUUGUGUUUCCCUUCUGUGAUUAUUAUUACAAGCUGAUAAAGACCCAAAGUGCGUGUUCUGCGUGUUCAGUCACUUCUAUAGACGUGGGCCAUUUCCAGGGAAUAGGAUUUGAAAUCCUUCUCUCAGCAUUCUUAAUGGAGUCCUAUAAAGUCAGUGGCCUUCCAAAUACAAAUAGCUACACUCACCCUGCACGUGCAAGGAGCCAAAAUAACAGCAGCUAUGGCCUAAGUAUCAGGGUUCAAGGCAUAGACGGACACCCGUAUGUUGUUCUGAAUAAUCAAGACAGAGAGCUCAACCCUUAUGCAGCCCCCAAAAGCAAUAACAAUGAUGCUGAAGGGUCCUUUAUCGAUAACUAUACGGAAUAUAACUUCAGAGCACCCAGGGAAGAUCUCUCUGUUAACCCCUUUGCAGAAUUCCGAGCCCAGCAUCAGAUUCCUUAUGUCAAUAACGAUCUCUCUGACUCCAGAGACACUCAGGCAAAUAAGCCAUCCGCUCUGCUAAAUUUUCAGAAGCAUCCAGAAAUCCUCCAGCCCUAUGACCCAGUGCGUAAUACCAUUGGUGACUUUCAAAACAUUUCACCUCAGCCUUUUUCUCUUGCUGAGAGUAGAAAUACAUAUCCAGACUCCCUGCCAAAAACAGAAAAAAUCUUUUCAGAUUCCAAAUCAUCCAAACCAGAGCUACCAAAAAGAACAGAUCCACCAGCACAGGACACAAGGAAAUGGGCUCAGCCACAGGUUCACCCUCAAACAUUUCCAUCUAGAGUCCAGCCUCAAAAGGAUUUAUCUAAAGGCCAAGCCCAGAAUCAGCCUCAAGCUAAACCUCAAGUCCAAACACAACCAUCAUUUAAACCUCAAUCUCAGUCACAGGGUCAACCACAGUCCACUUUCCAAGUUCCGUCCCAGGUAUCCCAGCAUGCCCAAAGGCUUCCGGUUCCUCAGGUAUCUUCCAGCACCAGUGUUCCCAGUGAGCCGUCCUCCUACAGGACUCCAAGUACGACAAGCAGCACAAACUCCAGUCUGGAGCGAAGGCACAGAGAGCCAGACAUACUUCCCUUACGAAGAACUGACUCCAGCGGCCCUGUGCUUCAGUCAUCACGCUCACGUAAUUCUUCCAUGUCCUCUACCACCCCUACCAAGGAGGAACAGUUAGAGGCACUAUAUGGGGACAGCAUUAAUCGCCAUGAAAACCGCCGCUAUAUACCUUUCCUGCCUGGAACAGGUAGAGAUAUUGACACAGGCUCCAUCCCAGGUGUAGAUGAGCUUAUCAGUAAGUUUGAUGGCAAAGGAAGCCAGAGGCGUGGACGCACUGGGCGGAGGAAUCGUAUUAACCUAGAAGACCGCAAACGUUCUCGUAGUGUGGAUAGUGCCUUGCCUUUUGGCCUGCAAGGUGAUGCAGAGUACCUGGAUGAGGUGGGCCGAAAUCGAGGAAGGUCCACCGAGCAUCUGCUCAGGCCGUCACAACUUGUGCAGAAGUCCCCCUUUUCCUCCAUUGGACGGAGGAAGGCCUACAGAGAUGUGGCACGGAUCAGCAGUGAACCGGGCUCUCCACAGGGAGCAAUGCCCAGCGUAACCGAUUCCAUCUUAUUCUACAAGAAACCGCUGAGCCGGCCCUCCAUUCUGCCUGUGGAGAACAAAGGAACAGAGGUCAAGAAAAUAACACAAAGCACUAAGACUGUGACCAGUGUGGCUACAACAUCAUUGUCCAGAGCUGUUCCAAACCACAGUAAGAAGACAAAUGAAAUGGUUGCUGAGACAACACCUGAUCUUCUGAAAGGCCAACAAGAGCUGUCACAACAAACACAUGAAGAGACUGCAAAGCAGAUUUUAUUUAAUUACCUCAAAGAUGGGAGCAACGACAGUGACGACACCACCAAGAGGAAGGUCAACCUAGUGUUUGAAAAAAUCCAGACGUUGAAGUCACGGGCUACAGGCAGCGUGCAAGGGGACAACAGAUCUCCAGACCUUUCAGUGCAGGCUAAAGCCCUGCAGGAGCAGAAGGCAGAACUGGAAAAAGAGGUCGCAAGUCUGAAAAAGCAACUGGAGGAUGAAAACAAGAAAAAGAAGGGACUGAGUGAACAACAGGAAAAGGCUGGAGCUGGCAUCAAGAAACUGCAGAAAGAGCUGGAAUUUAAUCAGGCUGAAUGUGACAAACUGCAGGACAAGCUGUCCAAAGCGGAGGCUGAUCUACGCACCACCCUGGAAGAGCUUUUCCAGGUGAAGAUGGAGAGAGAACAGUAUCAGACAGAGAUCAGGGACCUACAGGAUCAGCUCUCAGAGAUGCAUGAUGAGCUGGAUGGAGCCCAACGCUUGCAAUUAGACAGUGCUGAGAAGGAGGACCUCAUGAGGUUGAAGUUGGAUCUACAGGAAGCAUUGAUGGUGAAAGAGGAGCAGGAGGAUUUGCUGAGGAGGCGCGAGAGAGAGCUGACUGCUCUAAAGGGGGCACUAAAAGAGGAGGUGUCCACUCAUGACCUGGAGGUGGAUAAACUAAGGGAGCAAUAUGACAAGGAGAUACGUAAACUGCAGGCAUCUUUGGUGGAAGUUAAGCAGAGUAAUGCAGCGGUGUCUAAAGAGAAAUCAGAUGUGGAGGCUGCGAAAGGGGCGGCAGAGGGCCAGGCAGGGCGGCUUUCUCAGGAGGUUGAGAGGCUGAGGAAGAGAGUGCAAGAGCUGGAGAAUGAGGUGGCCAAGCUCAACCGCAUCAUUGACGAGGCCAAGCUGCUGGAGAGCAAGCUAGAUGAGAAAGCCAGACGUCUGGAGAAAGAGAAGAGGCAAGUUGAAGAGUCUCUCAAUGAGGUCAAGGAAGAAGAAGAAGAAAUGAGCCGUGCAAAUCGAGCUCUUACGGCACGACUGGAAGACGUGCAGAGAAACUUGACCAAACUGACCCAGGAACACAGAGAGCUGGAGGAACGUCUUAAGGAAGAAAGGAGUCAGAAAGAGCAGUUUAAAAACACAAAGAAUGAGAUUGAGGAGGAGAGGAGACUGCUAGACAGGACUGUGGAAAAGCUGCAGAGGGAGAUGUGUGAGAUCGUAGAGGCGUCUCAGUGCUCCACGCAGGAGUUGCAGGAGCAGAUCGACACCUACAAGGAGAAAAACAGGAGGGAGCUGGCCGAGCUCCAGAGGCAGCUGCGAGAUGGAGGUCUGGAGCUCGAGAAAUCUCGAAUCACUGCCAAGUCUCUGCAGGAGAAGGUUGGUCAGUUGGAAGAAGACCUGCGGUUCUGUAAGAGAGAGAGAGACGAGGCAGAAGAGCGAACGAAAGCUUUGCAACAGAAAGUCUUUGCACUAGAAGUGGAUGCAGACACUAAAGUGCAGAAUAACGACAAAGCCAGACAAAUCAAAUUGUUAGAGGAGCAGGUAUCUCAUCUGGAGAUUGAACUGGAUGAGGAAAGACAGAAUGGUGACCUGCUGAUGGACAGAAUAGAUCGAGGCAGAGAACAGAUGGAGCAGUUGAGGAGUGAGCUGCUGCAGGAGAGAGCCAGCAAACAAGACUUGGAGUGUGAUAAGAUUGCCUUGGACAGACAGAAUAAGGACCUGAAGAGCAGAAUAUCUCAUCUGGAAAACUCACAGAAGUCUAGUAAAGAGGGGCUAGUGGCCCAGCUGGAGAGCCGUAUCCAGGAGCUAGAGGAGAGACUGGAAGCAGAAGAAAGGGACCGUGCAAACCUGCAGCUGGUGAACCGUCGGCUGGAGCGUAAAGUGAAGGAGAUGGUGAUGCAGAUGGAUGAAGAGCAGCAUUCUCUACAGGAUCAGAAAGACCAGCUGAACCUGCGUCUGAAGGCUCUGAAGAGGCAGAUGGACGAGGCAGAGGAAGAGAUUGACCGAUUGGAGCACAGCAAGAAGAAACUACAGAGGGACCUGGAGGAGCAGCAGGAGGUCAACGAGCAGCUCCAGAAUCAGCUCAAAGCAUUACGCAGUGAGAUAAGACGAAAGACCAGCUCAGCUCCCCUUAUUAACAACAUGCAUGAUGAUGAUGAUGACGACGACGACGACAUCAGCACUGACGGAGAGACCUACUUCAGCUCGGCAUCAGGGUAUAAACGCUCCAGCAGUCAGGACGCUAUCAUUAACACAUUGUCUCUCUGAGGAUUGAGGAUGCUUAUUUUACACUAUCUGUGUUUAAUUUAAUGUAUUUGAAGUGCAUUAAUAAACGAUCAAACUACUUCAUUUUAAAGCUGUGCCUAUUAAUGCAACAUUGUUAGUCCAGUGUUGGAUGAUGUGGUGAUGAUGAUGAUGAUGAUGAUGAUGAUGAAUUAAGGUUUGAAAUUCUGUAAUUUAUUAAUCAGCGGCGAUAUGAAGUAAUGGAAUAUGAAAGGGCAGUAAAUACCACUGAACUGUUUAAGGGUUCUAUUACUUGUGUUUUUUUUUUUUUUAUAUAAAUGUCCAUCCAACAGACGGUUCCUUGUUCUUAAACAAAACAUCUUUUGUUUUAUGUUUUUUGGAAGGAGUUUUUAUGUUACUCUCUCUCUCUCUCUCUCUCUCUCUCUCUCUCUCUCUCUCUCUCCCCCCUCUCCCCCCCCAAAAGAAACUUAUGCUGCUCUGUGUUUUUUUUUUAUUGCUUGCGCAGUUUCUUAUUAAUGAUAUGUUAAACUCUUCACAGCUCUGUGCUCCACUGCACUCUCAUGCAAAAUGUAAAAUAAUAAAAGCCUGCGAUGUGAAGUGAGGUUUCAUCAUAGUGGAAGCAGAUUUGUUCCUGAGGAUAAAAAAAAAAAAAGUGUUACGACAGCAAUAUAAACAUUUGACUCAUAUCUCACACAGUGUUUUUCAUGUUUGGUAUCUUUUACAUUUAUCUGUAUCUGUGGGAGCUUAAAUUCUGCCUUUGUGUUCAAGCAGUGGAUAUGUUUAAUGCUUUGUUUUAAUCAUUUGUGACGUCAGCUCAGUCAACAUGUCAGUCCUAUUCUCAGUCGUUAGCUGGUGUGUGUGUGUUUGUGUUCACGUUUGUGAGUGUGUCUGUACAUAUGGUUGUGUGCACACUCAUGUACAAGUUAGUGUGUCUAUGUGGUUGCGUGUGAGUGUGUCUGUGUCUAUGUGGUUGUGUGUGCGCACAUUUGUGUGUGUCUGUAUGUUUGCGUGUGUCUGUGGUUGUGUGUGUGUAUAUGGUUGUGUGUGCACAUUUGUGAGUGUCUGUGUGAUUGCGUCUGUGUGUUGUGUGUGUGUGUGUGUGUGUGUGUGUGUGUAUAUGGUUGUGUCUGUGUGAUUGUGUCUGUGUGAUGAUGUGUGUGUGUGUGUGGUUGUGUGUGUGUAUGCGCUCAUCUAUGCAUGCGUGUUGAUCUGAAACAGGAGUGAUUGUACAUUAUCAAACACAAUAUCCACCUGUUCUUCACCAGCAAGAGCAGAGCGCAGGAGAAGCAGAAAGCCUCAGAUUGAUAGCUCAGCUAUGUUCUGUGUGGAACAGAGAAGGCAUGUCAGCGUUUCAGAAUCGUUGUUAUCUUCAUGAGUGAUCACUGUGACUUAUUAAUUUAGCCUAGAGGUCCACUAGUUCUGUUCUAUUAGGUCUGUAUGGGGUGAGCUGGUGUUCAAACAGAGAAAGCACAGACCUUAGUAUUGCAGCCCUGCAGGAUUGAAGUCUGACACUCCCACUUUAAACAAUGAUGGACUGGAAUGAACACGAGCAGUGUUUAUCAGUGAGCAGUAAACUCUUCUGUUUGAUCUGCUUUAUUAUACAGAUCCACUGCUAAAGCACUAACCUGAUUCACUAUGGGAGUUGUGCUCUGUCGGUUUUAUUAUGGUUUUCUGUGUUGACAAUCAACUUUUUUUUCAUUCUAUUCUUUUGCAAUACACUGUGAUUAUUUGCACUGUACAUUGUAACAAGCUUUUUAUUUUUUUUCUUCUGAGGCCUAAGAGAACAUUCCUUGUAAAAUCCCGAGUUUGUGAUUCCUGUGUGAAGAGAUUUUCCCAGCACGCUACACAUUUUACUCUGUAGUUGAAUAACUCGCACCUCUUCAUGCCUCUUUUCUCAGUUAGACAUUGCUUUGCAUGAAACCCAGGUAGGUUUGGGGCCAAAAUUUUAUUCUUGCUCAGCUGUAUGAGAUCGUCUUAAAUGUUGGUCACAUUCCUGCACAUUAACUUCAAGGAAUCACAUCUUUUAUAACCCAUUUUUAUUUGAACUGUACAAAAUGUUGUAUUAAUGAUGAGGAAAACAGAACAAAUCCUGCCACUACCUCUAUGUAUACAGUUAUAUUUUGUAUACUAUGAACAGGAAAACUGAAAUAAAUCUGCAAAUAGUUAAUCACA